CUCACGUCCAGUGGCAACAUGGCGGCUCUUACAUCUUUAGUGUCGUACGGCAGUGCUUCAGACUCUGAUAGUGAGGCAGACAGUGAAGAUUGCAGCGCUCAUUUAAAAUCUUUACCCCCGGGAACAGGGGUCUUGAGAGUUGUGGACUCGGCACCAGAGGUAGCGGUGAAGGAAGAUGUUGAGACUGGAGAUCACCUUGAUCCUUAUGCCAAAGAGGUUCAGUUUAAUCCAACCUAUGAGACAAUGUUUGCACCAGAGUUCGGCCCCAAAAAUCCGUUCAAAACACAGCAGAUGGCUGCUCCCAGGAACAUGCUCUCAGGAUAUGCAGAACCAACGCAUAUUAACGAUUUCAUGUUUGAACAACAGAGAAGAACGUUUGCAACAUAUGGUUAUGCGCUAGAUCCUUCCAUAGACCAUCAGGAAACCAGCACAAAAUAUAUUGGUUCUGUUGAUGAAGCAGAAAAGAAUCAAGGUUUAACAGUGUUUGAAACAACUCAGAAGAAAUCUGACAAAAGAAAGAAAGUUAAAGGAAGUGACGCCUCUAACAUAGAUGGUUUUCUUGGCCCAUGGGCAAAAUAUAUUGAUGAAAAGGAUGUUGCAAAACCUUCAGAGGAAGAGCAGAAAGAGUUGGAUGAAAUAACAGCGAAAAGGCAGAAGCGGGGCAAACAAGAGGAGGAUAAGCCUGCAGAGGAGAAGACCAUUUUACAUGUUAAGGAAAUGUACGACUAUCAAGGAAGAUCUUAUCUUCAUAUUCCUCAGGAUAUCGAUGUCAACUUACGCUCAACAGAAUUCCCAGAAAAGUGCUAUCUUCCAAAAAAGCAAAUACAUGUCUGGUCUGGGCAUACUAAGGGUGUCAGUGCUGUAAGAUUGUUUCCAGUUUCUGGACAUUUGCUGUUGUCGUGUUCCAUGGACUGCAAGAUUAAGCUCUGGGAGGUGUACAAAGACCGAAGAUGCUUACGCACAUUUAUAGGGCACAGUAAAGCUGUGAGAGACAUAUCUUUCAACAAUGCGGGGACCCAAUUCUUAAGCGCUGCUUAUGACCGGUAUCUCAAGCUUUGGGACACAGAAACAGGACAAUGUAUUUCUAGGUUUACAAAUAGAAAAGUACCAUACUGUGUAAAAUUCAAUCCUGAUGAAGAUAAACAGAGUCUGUUUGUAGCUGGAAUGUCUGAUAAGAAGAUUGUUCAGUGGGAUAUUCGAAGUGGAGAGAUAGUCCAAGAGUAUGACAGGCAUCUGGGGGCUGUCAACACCAUCACAUUUGUGGAUGAGAAUAGGCGUUUUGUGAGCACCUCAGAUGACAAAAGCUUGAGGGUGUGGGAGUGGGACAUUCCUGUGGAUUUUAAGUACAUAGCAGAGCCAAGCAUGCACUCUAUGCCUGCUGUCACCUUGUCACCAAAUGGUAAAUGGCUAGCCUGUCAGUCCAUGGACAAUCAGAUUUUAAUAUUUGGUGCUCAAAACAGAUUCAGACUGAAUAAAAAGAAAAUCUUCAAGGGCCAUAUGGUGGCAGGGUAUGCCUGUCAAGUUGACUUUUCUCCAGAUAUGAGCUAUGUAGUGUCGGGAGAUGCAGAUGGAAAGUUGAACAUUUGGGACUGGAAGACAACUAAACUGUACAGCAGACUGAAAGCACAUGAUAAAGUUUGCAUAAGUGCUGUUUGGCACCCUCAUGAAACUUCCAAAGUAAUCACAUGUGGAUGGGAUGGUCUUAUCAAGUUAUGGGACUAAGCAGAGUGAAACAUCUGUGCCUAUAUGGUUCCGUGAGGCUAUAAAUAAUGGUUGGUUACCUUUGGACAAAAGUAUAAGUAGCACCGGAGAAGCACACCAAUAUCUGGAUCACUUAACAGUGCCAACUAAGUGUAAAUGUGAUAAGGCUGCCAAUAAUGCAGCUGUGAAAGAAAGAUAUUUUGUAUAUGUUGUUGCAGAUGCAUGCUGAUUGGGUUCUAUUUUUCUACUCUUCAGGUGUAUUUUUGUGCUUAACAGAAUGGAUUAAAGAGUAGCUCAAAUGUGACUAUCCAGUUGCUGGACUUCAAGUCUAAACAGUCAUGUUGGUUCCUGGUUUCUGUAGUUCUCCAACAGAUAAGGUGCCACAGGUUAAAGAACAUUCUUUAUUUUAAAACAAAAUGUUUCACCUAAUGUAUUUUCUGAUCUGAUUUGCCCUGCUGGCAGCAGUAGCUUAAGGGGGCAGCAGUAUAAACUUGUACAUACCCUUUUCAACAUGAGAAAAAUAAAUAGAUUCCUAUUUUUUUAGUCCACAUUAUUCCUUGAAAGCAUUAUUUUGACCUAUGUUGUCAUUCAAAAUCAGCUUUAAAUAGUUCACUUUAAAUACAGAUAACAGGCUUUGCGUGAUUCAUCCCAUUUUGUGUUUUGGCUUACAAAGUUAUUAAGGAGUUGAUUUUGAAGAGGGUUUAUUGGCACUGGUAAUCUGAUUAUCAUCGUUACUUGCAAGAACCAGAAACUUUGAAAAAGAAAGUAUCAUCUGUUUGUCCUACUUGGCUCAACAACUAACAAAAAUCAAUGUUUUCUUAAUUUAAACAAUAGACAAAAAUGAAGUUCAACAUAAACACUAUUUAUUGAACUCUUGUUAAAAAAAGGGUUAUACUGCCCCUUUAAUUACUUGGUUACAUUUAGAACCAUGACAUGUAUGUAUUCCAUGAGAUUUAUAGCAGCCAAUUGUUAAGCAUCAGUUAUUUAUGUUCCAUGUACAUAGAUCUUGUUUUUAUAAGCCAUAAUAAAGUUUUAAUGACUUUUGUUA